AAAAAAAUAAAAAUCUCUAUAUUAGCAAAUUAGCCACCAACAAAAAGAAAUUUCCAAACUUUUUUUUGAUAGUUUUUGAGUUUUAUUAAGAAAAAAAUGGGGUUAAUUUCAGAAAAUUAUAACAAGAAUCUUCUUUCAAAGAUAGCCACAAAUGAUGGUCAUGGAGAAAAUUCAGCUUAUUUUGAUGGUUGGAAAGCUUAUGAAAAUGAUCCAUUUCAUCCAACACAAAAUCCUCAUGGUGUUAUUCAGAUGGGUUUGGCUGAAAAUCAGCUUUGUUUUGAUUUAAUUCAAGAAUGGAUAGUCAACAACCCAAAAGCCUCAAUUUGUACCUAUGAAGGAGUUCAAGAUUUUCAAGAUAUUGCUAUUUUCCAAGACUAUCAUGGUUUGCCAGAAUUUAGAAAGGCAGUUGCAAGAUUCAUGGAGAAAGUUAGAGGAGAUAGAGUCACAUUUGAUCCAGAAAGAAUAGUUAUGAGUGGAGGAGCCACAGGGGCUCAUGAAAGUUUGGCCUUUUGUUUGGCUGAUCCUGGUGAUGCAUUUCUAGUUCCUACACCAUAUUAUCCAGGAUUUGAUAGAGAUUUGAGGUGGAGAACAGGAGUACAACUUUUUCCUGUUGUUUGUGAGAGUUAUAACAACUUCAAGGUAACAAAAGAAGCCUUAGAAGAAGCAUAUAAAAAAGCUCAAGAAUCAAAUAUCAAAGUAAAAGGAUUACUUAUAAACAAUCCAUCAAAUCCAUUAGGUACAAUUUUGGACAAGGAAACAUUAAAAGACAUACUAAGAUUCAUCAAUGACAAAAACAUACAUCUAGUAUGUGAUGAAAUCUAUGCAGCAACCGCGUUUAGUCAACCUUCAUUCAUCAGUAUAUCAGAAGUCAUGAAUGAAGUUGUUGGAUGCAACGAUGAUUUAGUACAUAUAGUGUAUAGUCUCUCCAAAGAUCUAGGGUUCCCUGGAUUUAGGGUUGGGAUUAUUUACUCGUACAAUGAUGUUGUUGUCAAUAUUGCACGUAAGAUGUCAAGUUUUGGACUUGUUUCAACACAAACACAACGGUUAAUUGCUUCCAUGUUAUCAGACACUAUCUUUGUUGAAAAUUUCAUCGCGAAGAGCGCGAUGAGAUUGUCACAAAGACAUGAUUUGUUCACUAUAGGACUAGGACAAGUUGGAAUUACAACAUUGAAGAGUAAUGCUGGCCUAUUUAUUUGGAUGGAUUUGAGAAGGUUUCUUGAAAAGUCAACAUUUGAUGAUGAAUUGAAACUUUGGCAUAUAAUUAUUAAUAAAGUGAAACUUAAUGUUUCACCUGGUUGUUCAUUUCAUUGCUCAGAGCCAGGUUGGUUUAGGGUUUGUUUUGCUAAUAUGGAUGAUGCUACAAUGCAAGUUGCAUUGAAAAGAAUUAGACAUUUUGUCUACUUACAACCAAGUAAGGGAGUUGAAGUUGCAACAAAGAAACAAUAUUGUAGAACAAGGAGCAAACUUGAAAUAAGUUUGUCAUUUAGGAGAUUGGAUGAUUUUAUGAACUCUCCUCAUUCACCUAUGUCUUCUCCUAUGGUCCAAGCAAGGAAUUAAUCGUGAUGUUCAGAUCAGCUUGCACACACAUCGUCCAAUUCAGGUUAUAUGGACAUGUUGAUUAUUUCACUGAGUACCUGAUUGUAAGUCUAGUUACAUAACAUAGAAUGGAAGUUUAUAGUGAUUCUUUGUAUUCUUUUAUUAAAAGUUUAUUAUUUUUUUGCCUAUAAUAUACUAUGAUUGCAAAAAAAAAAAAAAAAAAAAGCAAUCAAGUUAUGGGCUUUUAUUAUAUUGUGAAAUGUGAAAUUCUUUAUUUCUUGUGUUAUUUUUUUCUGUAUAGCUUUUUGUAAGUUGAGGAAACUCAAUUUGUAACUUGAGUUCAAGAGGCAAAUGCAGAGGAUAUAUACCUAUCAAUUUUUUC